UUUGCAAACAGUAGGAAUUUUUUAGGUUAGCAACCGUUUGAUUAAUAUUACCCCGUUAAAUUACGUUCCAAAUAAAUCAACUUCAUAUUAUGGACGACUUGGUAAUUGGCAUUGAUCUGGGUACAACAAAUUCCUGUGUUUCGUUAUAUACAGAAGGAAAAACAAAAAUUCUAGAAAACGCAUUCGACGGAAGAAUCACACCUUCCUUCAUUUAUUUUUCGCCUGAUGGAGAAAUCGUCAUCGGAGAACAUGGUGUAAAAAUGUCAGUUCAUAAACCAGAAAAUGGAAUUUAUGAAAUGAAACGACUCGUGGGACGACAGUUUGACGACCCAGAACUCCAGAAGAGCUUGAAAUAUUUUCCUUUCAAAGUAACAGCGAGCCCUUCAAACCUUCCGCUGGUUUCUGUUAAACAAAAAUCGGCCAUAUGCAAGAAAUCUCCUCAAGAAUUAUACACAGUACUACUGAAAGCGCUAAAGAAGUAUACCGAAGCAAAACUCGAAGAAACUAUCAACAAGGCAGUAAUAACCGUUCCUGCCUAUUUCAACGUUGCCCAAAAAGAAGUAACUUUGGAGGCGGCAAAAGACGCCGGAUUUACGGUCUUGAAACUACUAAACGAACCUACUGCUGCCGCUUUGGUUUACUAUUUUGAGAAUGACACCGAUAAAACUCAUCGUUCUUUAGUAUACGAUUUAGGAGGUGGUACUUUUGAUGUUGCAGUUUUAGAGAAACGUUUCGAAAACAUACAAGUGCUUUGCGUAGCCGGAGACACCCAAUUAGGAGGACAUGACAUUGACACUUGUCUUUUGAAUUACGUUUACCGAAUACUUCGAACCCAGUAUGGUUACGACCCGGAGGCAAGUUCCGACGAUAAAAGACGGUUACGCCUCAAAUGCGAAGAUGCAAAAAAAGAACUAUCGACAGUUGAGAGUACCGUCAUCACGAUCAACGGAAUGGUUUCGAAACAUCCGAAAAUCAAAAUAAGUCUGACGAAAGACGAGUUCGAAGCGAUGACAGACCACUUAUUUAAAAAAACGAUAGAUAUUCUUGACGAAUGUUUGAGAAGUUCGAAAAUUUCGAAGCGAUCGAUUCAAGAAAUUAUUUUGUGUGGUGGUUCGACCAGAAUACCGAAAAUACAGAAACUUGUUUCUGAUUAUUUCGACGGAAAACAAUUGAACAAGUUCGUCAAUACAAGUGAAUGUGUGGCCGAAGGAGCAGCUUUACAAGCGGCCAUGUUGUCGACGAAUCGGAAGCAAAAAAUCGAUGAACUUCGGAUUGUUAAUGUCCUUCCUCUUUCCAUAGGCACUUGGGGACACAGCUUGUGUCAUGACAUGUCGUUCUUAAUCAAGAGAGGCACGAAGUUACCAACGAGCGUAACCCAUGUUUUCGUAAACACAGAAACUGAUGAAACUACUUUUACAUUUGACAUAUAUGAAGGAGAACGUUUAGAUCUUAGAAAAAACCGUUAUUUAGGCACUGUCUUACUAACUGAUGUAGAAUCAGCCGCACCUUUUCAGAAAAAAUAACUCUUUCUUUGCUCAUCGACCAAAAUGGCAUAUUGACUGUCAAAGCCUCAGAAACAAACGGGAAUAAUAAUUCAAAGACGGUAAAAGUGAAUUAUACCCCCGGAGCCAAAAGUGAUCGGGAGAUUCAAAAUUCUCUGCUCGACGCUGCAGCAAAUCAGGAAAAUGAUGAAAAAUUUAUACGUUUUGUUCCGUACAAGAUAUAUUUAAUUGAAUACUGUGUAGGAGUGAUGUACAACUUGGAUGAUAAAAAGUUAACAGAUAGAUACAUGGAAUUAUACAACUUUUGUAAAAGAGUUAAGAAAAAGGCUGAAACUUUAGAAAUGAAUGAUGAAGGUCGCACGAAAGAAAUUAUUGCCGAUUGUAAACGACGAUGUAAAACCAUAGUAAAAACGCAUCAUUUUCGUUAUAUGCCUAGAGACUGUGGUCUUUGAAAAAUGUGGUAAUUUGUAUUUCAUAUACACUUAUAAGCGAAAAAAAUCACAUUGAGGUAUUUAAAAUAUUAGAAAAUUUGUGCCUUUGUUGAUAUUUAAUAAAAGAAAAUAUAUACAUCAAA